AUGGCGAAACAUCAUCCAGAUUUGAUUUUUUGCCGAAAACAACCUGGAGUGGCAAUUGGAAGAUUGUGCGAGAAAUGUUAGUUUUUUGGGAGGAAAAUCAAGAAAAUUUGGGGAAAAGCUUAACAUUUAGAUAGAAAUCGGGUUCCAAGAAAUCCUGAAAACGAAAAUAUUAUCAAAAAAAUUUUUAAAGUAUUUUUCUUGAAUUUUUGAUAACAAAUCUUUGUAAAAGAAAUCUGCAUGGGCCCAUACUAUUUUCAAAAUAUACAAAAAUUGCAGGCGAUGGUCGAUGUGUGGUUUGUGAUUCUUAUGUGAGACCAGCGACUUUGGUUCGAAUUUGCGACGAAUGUAAUUAUGGAUCGUAUCAGGUAUGUAUUUGUUGGCGCCGAAAAUUGACCCCUGAGAAAAUCGAUAAAACAAACAAAAUAAUUGUUUUUAUUUAUUUUGCCGAAAAGAAAAGGAAAAGCAAAGUUUUUUAUUUCUUGGUGGCUUUGGCGGCAUUUUUUUCAUAGUUGGUAAAAAUUGGUAUUAAUUUUUCGUUCUAACCUCACUCCAGUUUCCAAUAUUUGUUCUAUUUCCAGGGUCGAUGCGUAAUUUGUGGUGGUCCAGGCUGUAGUGAUGCAUAUUAUUGCAAAGAAUGCACAAUUAUGGAAAAAGAUCGAGAUGGUUGCCCGAAAAUUGUGAAUCUCGGAAGCGCCAAAACUGACUUGUUUUAUGAGCGAAAAAAGUUUGGAAACAAAAAAUCUUGA